CAGUGAGUGAAAAAUGAGAUUCUCCAACAAAUUUCACCCUAAUCAGAAUUUCUUCAGGUACUGCUUAAACUGCUCAUCGCUCUCUCCAAAAGCCCUAACCCCCAAAUAUCCGUUUUCAGUGUAUGUAAAUACAAUAAUUUUUUUGCGCCAUUCUUCAAUUAGGUUGUAUGCAUUUAUCCCUUCUGAACCAAGCUCACUUCGAAAAAUGCCAGCUUUAAGCACUUCCUCUUCUGGGUCUUCCUCAAGUCUUCAUUUUGGAUUGCGUUCGGUUCAAAUUAAGCUGUCUUCAUAUGUCAAGAAUCAAGUUUUGGGCGGCUCCUUUUGUAGGAUUCCUUCAAAAUUUGUAAUUGAAUCAUUGGUUUUAUCUAGGCAUAGCUGCCACAGUGUGUGUAAUGAAUUUGGUUGGCCUAGUUGUGGGAAAAUGGUUAGAUACUUCUCUGUAUCAUCAUCAAAUAGCUCGUUUGCUUCUGGUUCUGUUGUGAAGAGUGAGAAAAAUUAUCGGCUGGAGUUUGUUUUGGAAGUUGUUGGUAUGAUUAGGAGCAACGGAGAGGAUUUGGAGCGCAGGUUAAAUAUGAUGCGCCCUAGAUUGAAUGCAUACACCAUCACUGAGAUUUUUGAAUUCUUGAAUUCUGAGAAGGUACAUGGAUUGAGGUUCUUUGAGUGGAUUUGGAGUAAUGAUCCUAAGCUGCAGAAGGAUUCUUGUGUUUGUAGUUUGAUCAUCGAUAACCUUGGAAGGUUGGAGGACUAUGGAACAAUGCAGGAGUGGUUUAGGAAGUUUGCUUGUGAAAACAUUUGUCUGACUUAUGAGGCUUUUGGGUUUUUACCUGUGUUGGCAUCUGCAGAUGCUUCAUUGAAGGAAUCCACUAAAAUAGUGUUGGAUUUGUUGAAUGAAGUUGGGGGAUCGUUUCAGAGUUCUGGUGUCUGUGCCUUGAUUGAGAUGUUCUGUAAGUUUCACUUGUUCGAAAUGGCUAAGAAUGUCAUCAGCAUUUCCGGGAGCAAGCAGUCGUGUUCACUUCUUUUCGUCCGUGAGAUGUGCAGGAGUGGCCUGAUAGAAGAAGCACAUGGUAUAAUCAGAGGGAUGAGACAGGCUCGUUGCGCUCAUACUACCACUGUGUAUAACUAUCUUCUUGGAAGCUUAUGGAAGAAUUCUAGGAUUACUGAAGUCUUUCAACUGGUUGAUGAGAUGAAAAAAAGCGACAUCCCUUUUGAUGCUAUAACGUUUGAGAUUCUUAUCAAUUCUGUUUGUAGUUUAGGCAAUAUGGAUAGCGUUCACCGGAUUCUUGAUCAAAUGGUGGCUCAAGGAGUUCAGCCUCGACUGUCCACUCAUGCUUGCAUCAUUAAGACUUUGUUUGCUGCAGAAAGAUAUGAGGCAGCAUACAAGCAUGUUGUUUAUGCAAGUGCUGUUGAUAAGACCUCUAGCAAUACGAUAUAUAGCUUAAUGGCCAAACUCUAUUCAGAAAAAGGUCAUAUCAUGAGUGCUCGGAACACUCUUGUGGACAUGAUGGAAAAAGGCCUAAGGCCGAAUUUCAGCAUUUACAUUAAAGUUGUGAAGCAACUUAGAAGAACUGGGAGGGGAAAUCUAGCAAGAGACUUGGAAAGCAAGCACUUCAAGUUUGUAUUCAAUCCUCACUUAGCAUAUUCAAAUUUUGUUGGUUCAGGUGCAACUUCAAUCUUUUACCAGCAAAAGGAACGAUGCUGCCUGAAGGCCGAUAGUACCCUUCUCGUCAACAACCUCAAGGACAUCAAGGUAAUCGAUUGGAUUCUCCGACCCCGGACGGGCCCGCCAGCUCCAUCCACAUUUUAGGCGAGUCGAGUGGCGCCUCAUUGAUGGCUUGAAUGUCGCUAGGUGACAGCUUCACCCUAGCCGGGACAGCACCCCCGCCAGCACCGCCGUCCGCAUCCCCCGACUGCUCGACGCCCCCCAGCCGCAUGGCGGCCAGCUGAGCCGCCUGGCGGAUGUCGUCCGCGUCGGCGCUGGCAGGCUUCGGGAGGCUCUCCACCAGCUCCGGGAAGUUGACGCGCGCGUCCGGCCCCCUCAGGUACCGCGCGGAGACGUCAUAGGCCGCGGCCGCCAUCUCAGGCGUGUCGAAACUCCCCAGCCAAAUACGAGUCUUUUUCCCGGGCUCGCGAAUCUCCGACACCCACCUCCCCCAUUUCCGCCUCCUCACGCCCACGUACCUCGCCCCGCCCCCCUCGUUCUUGUCCUGUUUGAUCAUGUUCGAGUUCCUCGAAAAUCGAGCUUUUCGUAGCUUCAAAGGUGGGCAUGGCUAUGGUUUUAUAGGAGAAGGGGGAGUGUUGGAGGAUUGUUGUAGUGCAUGAAUGAGUUGAGGCCUUGAGGGAGUGAGCAUAUGAGCUCAAAAAAUUGUUGGUUGGUGAAGUGAGCUUCCACGUUGUUGCAUGAAAGUGGGAGUGUGUGUGUGUGUGUGUGUUUUUUUUUUUUUUUUUUAGAGAUAGAGUGGUAAUGGAUAUAAUUAGCCGACACUUGUCAUCCUUAACCUACUUUUGUAAGGAUUUGAGGAAAAUUGUUGAGA